CCAGCAGCCCUGCCUAGGAUGAUCCCCCCGGUGAGCAGCACCCCUCCGGGAGAGGCCGUCUUCCCCAGCACGGCUCCACAGGACUUUUGGAGGUCUCAGGUCUUGGCCUACUCGGGGUCCGUGACUCAGCACAUCAGCCACCGGGCCAACAACUUCAAACGCCACCCCAAGAGGAGGAAGUACAUUCGUCCCUCUCCACCCCCGCCGCCCAACACCCCAUGCCCAAUCGAGCUGGUGGACUUUGGGGACCUGCACCCCCAGAGGUCCUUCUGGGAGCUGCUCUUCAACGGCUGCAUUCUGUUCGGCAUUGAGUUCAGCUAUGCCAUGGAGACCGCGUAUGUGACCCCGGUGCUCCUACAGAUGGGCCUGCCCGACCAGCUCUACAGCCUGGUGUGGUUCAUCAGCCCCAUCCUCGGAUUCCUGCUGCAGCCUCUGCUGGGCGCUUGGAGUGACCGAUGUACCUCAAGGUUUGGAAGGAGACGCCCUUUCAUUCUUGUCCUGGCUAUAGGGGCGCUGCUAGGCCUCUCGCUCUUGCUGAAUGGCAGGGACAUCGGGGUAGCGCUGGCCGACACCGCAGGCAACCACAAGUGGGGCCUCCUCCUGACCGUGUGUGGGGUGGUGCUGAUGGACUUCAGCGCCGACUCGGCGGAUAACCCCAGCCACGCCUACAUGAUGGACGUGUGCAGCCCUGUGGACCAGGACCGAGGCCUGAACAUCCACGCCCUCCUGGCAGGGCUUGGAGGAGGGUUUGGCUACGUGGUCGGAGGGAUCCACUGGGACAAGACCAGCUUCGGGAGAGCCCUGGGGGGGCAGCUCCGUGUCAUUUACAUCUUCACCGCAGUCACCCUGAGUGUCACCACCAUCCUGACUCUGAUCAGCAUCCCCGAGAGACCACUGCGUCCCCUGCGCCAGCAGAGGACAGCCAUGAAGAGCCCCAGCCUGCCACUGCCACCCUCCCCGCCUGUCCUGUCGCUUCCCUGCCAUGCGGCCACCAGCUUCUCCAGUCCCAUCUCCCCACUCAGCCCCCUGACGCCCAAGUACGGCAGCUUCCUCAGCAGGGACAGCUCCUUGACAGGCAUCAACGAGUUUGCGUCCUCCUUCGGCACCUCCAACAUCGACAGCGUCCUCAUCGACUGCUUCACGGGGGGCCACGACAACUGCCCGGGCCUCCCCGCCAGCCUCCCCAGGCAGGCCCUGAGUGUCAGCUUCCCCCGGGCCCCCGACAGCUUCCACCGCCAGGACCGUGGGCUUCUAGAGAGGCGGGAGGGUGCCCUGACCGCUGGCUCCGACAGAGACGUUUUGAGGGUGGGCUCCUUGGACACCUCUAAGCCAAGGUCAUCGGGCAUUCUGAAGAGACCUCAGACCUUGGCGAUCCCGGACGCUGCCGGAGGAGGCGGUCCUGAGACCAGCAGGAGGAGGAACGUGACCUUCAGUCAACAGGUGGCAAAUAUUCUACUCAACGGCGUCAAGUAUGAGAGUGAACUGACUGGCUGCAGUGAGCAGGCAGAGCAGCCCCUGUCCAUGAGGCGCCUCUGCGCCACCAUCUGCCACAUGCCUGCCGCACUGCGCAGUCUCUGCGUCAACCACUUCCUGGGGUGGCUCUCGUUCGAGGGCAUGUUGCUCUUCUACACGGACUUCAUGGGCGAGGUGGUGUUUCAGGGGGACCCCCGGGCCCCACACACGUCGGAGGAGUAUCAGAAGUACAACCGGGGCGUUACCAUGGGCUGCUGGGGCAUGUGCAUCUACGCCUUCAGUGCCGCCUUCUACUCAGCCAUCCUGGAGAAGCUGGAGGCGCUCCUCAGCGUCCGCACCCUCUACUUCAUCGCCUACCUCGCCUUCGGCCUGGGGACGGGGCUGGCCACGCUGUCCAGGAACCUGUAUGUGGUCCUGUCGCUCUGUGUGACCUAUGGGAUCCUCUUCUCCACGCUCUGCACCCUGCCCUACUCUCUCCUCUGUGACUACUACCAGAGCAGGAAGUUUGCAGGGUCCAGCGCAGACGGCACCCGGCGGGGCAUGGGUGUGGACAUCUCUCUGCUGAGCUGCCAAUACUUCCUGGCCCAGAUCCUCGUCUCCCUGGUCCUGGGGCCCCUGACCUCGGCCGUGGGCAGUGCCAGCGGUGUGAUGUACUUCUCCAGCCUCGUGUCCUUCCUCGGCUGCUUGUACUCUUCCCUGUGCGUCAUUUAUGAAAUUCCCCCCAGCGACACCUCGGACGAGGAGCACCGGCCCCUCCUGAUGAAUGUCUGAUGUGCCUGGACUUUGGACUCACGCCCUUCCUGGGGGGUCUGGAGCGAGGCUGAGCAAUGACAGAUUAAGGGUGUUGGGAGACAGGGGAACAGGCCUCCUGCUGGAAUGUAAAUAUGUGAUCAAGUAAUAAACGGCAGCAGCAAAGCCUA